AUGAAUGGCACAGUGAGCAGAGGGUUAGGCAGCAUAGUCCAGAAUACACUACGAAGUGGGAACCGGGACAACCGCUGCUACCGAUUCACCUACAGGGGGAUGCAUUCCACGAAGACGCAGGAGGAUGCCGAAAGCGUAAUCGUAGAGAAACUGAAAAGCAUGCAGGGGGAAAGGGUCAGUCAUGCAAUAAAGAAGAGCGUUAAGAAUGGGUUCAUUAGCAAACGCAUGUUUAAUGUGUACAACGAUCUGGUGAAGAAGCACUACAGGGAAUUCACCUUUUCAGAUGUGGUGCUUACUCUGCAGGCGUAUGCCCUGAGUAAGGAGAGGAACUUUGAGGUGUAUUCCAUUUUGGCCCACCGGGCGUUGCGUCUCUUCAGGGGGGAGGCAGAGGAGGCGAAAAAAAAAAGGGAAGACCAUGGUGAAAAGUAUAAUGCAGAUAGCGGUGUGGAAUUUUCCUACGAUCAAGAACGGCACAAGAAUAUUUACAAGUACAUCCUGGCUAGUAACCAACUGAACUACACAGACUUUGAACUCAUGCAACUCUUCGUGGAGGAAAUAAAAAGACACUUCCACCGGUAUGACAUGAAGCGAAUUUGCGACAUUUUACAUGCACUGUCUAAACUUAAGGUAAAUGACGUGGAUUUGCUUGACGAAGCAGGUCGUCACAUUUUGCGUAACUUCAGCCUGGUUAGAUGUAACCAUAUCAAUCACCUCAUUUCUGCCUACUCGCCGAACAGUAGUGGUGGCAACCAUGAGGAGUUGCUUCUAAGGCUGGUUCAGUACAUCUGCGAAAACGUAAAGUCGAUGGAUUCCAUUUCGGUGUACAACACGCUGGUGCAGAUUGGGCCCAUUCUGCAGAGGCUAUCAGGAAGUAUGGAUGGAUUAGCAAGGGGGGAAGAGGACAACCACCACGAUAACCAUCACGAUAAUUACGACGAACAGAGGGAGUACUGCCAUUUGGUGAAAGGCACCCAUGGGGGGGAACCCCAAACGGAUUCCAACGGUCAGAGCAACGGUCACACCAACGAUCAGAGCAACCCCCUCGACCGCGUGGUGCCGCUGCUCUUCUCCAGGGUCAACACCUGCCUUGCCUUCCUCUCACUGAAGCAGCUGAUAAAACUGCUGUGCGCCUACAGAGAGCUUAACUACUUCAACUACAAUUUCGUAUACAAGCGUUUGCUGCUGUUCCUUCUGUCCAAAUUAAGAACUCAACAUAAGGCCCUCGCAGGAGAGUACAUAUCGAUACUGGAGUUCUUUACCUUCCUCCCUUAUGUGGACAGCAACAUGGAAGAAAUUAUACACAUCGUCACGGGGAACAUACCCAAGGUACUCUCCUACAAUUAUGAGCACCUAUGCCGUCUGCUUCACUGUUGCAGGAGAUUGCAAAUUUGGGACGAUGCUAUUCUCACCAGGGUGGACUCCUUGGUUAUUAGAAACAAGCGUAACUUCGAAAGGAUUUGCACGACUGAUCAGUUGGAACUAUUUCUUCAGGUGUACAACCGGGGGUCUGACGAAUGGGAUGAAAUGCUCUCCUUCUUAAAUGGGCUAAUCGAGGAGAAGGCAGCUGGUGAAGACGGUUCAAGAGUUUUACGUAGCGGAAGCGACCUGGCUGAGAGGGCACCCCCCCAGAGGGAUAACCCCGCAGAAAACGUAGUGAUCACCUACAAGUACAACAAGGCGAACAAGUGCUUUCACGAGUACGGGAAAAAGGUCUCUGUGGAGGGGGCUUCCACCAGGGAAGGAGAUCCACAUCCGUAUACACCGCAGGACGAUGCAGGUGGGGUGAGCUCUCUGUCCCCCUCUCCUGGCAACCCAAGUCAAGUCAGCAAAGGCAUUUGUGACUACUUGUAUGUGAACAUAGCGAAUGACAGGAAAGGAACUUAA